UCAGUAACAGCUCAGCAUCCUGGGCACUGGACUGGACAGAGGGAGGGAUGAUUCUCCCUCUUUCUGUAGGCUUUCUGUGCCUGUGAUGUUUGCAAAGAGCCCCGCACAGCAGCAGCCCUGCAUGGAGCUGGAGGAGCAGGGCACCCAUCCAGCAGGGAGGUGAUGGCUGGAGCCAAGCUGAAGCAGUGAUGAUGGUUAUCUCCUUGGCUCAUGGCAGGUGGGCUGAGAUUUACCGCAUGCCUCGGAGCGGGGCAGCGGGAUGAGGGCAGGCAGAUAGGGACAGGGUGCUGACUGCCCUGAUAGCGUGAGAAUGCUGCUGAGCAGACAAUGACCAGACAGGAGCUGGUGGGUGUCGGGGAUGUGACAGUGCCAAGUGGUACCCGAGCUGAAGGGGUUGUGGUUUAUGGGCUGGUGGGGGGGGGCAGCUCUUCCUCCAGCUGGAAUCAUCAUCACAGAUGAGGGGUAACUUCCUACAGGGUGUGAUUCACAGAUGAAUUGAUGUCAUUUUCCCUUGAGAAAGGGAAAUCUGAGCAAACCCAGGACCUCUGGCACUUGUUUGGCCAAGCAUUGCUCUCACCUCUGGUCAGACUGUCAGUCAGAUGGGCAAGGGCUGGGUGCAUAGUUCUCACAGAGGGUUUUAAGAGCUAUGGAUUAAAAGUGCAAAGAAAGUGCAAACUUUUCCUUACUUAGAAAGCCAAGAGCCACCCCUCGUUUAGCACCUCAGCUCUCUGUUGGAUUUUGGACAAGACUGUUAAAGACACCUGGGUGCCUGAUUCCCUGGGUUACCUGUACAAAUACUGACCUCCAUAACUGGGUGUUUGUCACUGUCACCCAGAGAGGUGCCUGUUCAGCUCCUCGGUGCAAUACUCAUCUUCUCCACUUCUCUGCCCACGGGGGAUUUCCAGCCUAUGUGCAUAGCAAUAAUCGUGUUUCUCAGGCGUGUGGGUUGUGUGGAGCCGUGACAGCUCCUUGCCCAGGGAAGGUAACCUGCCUGUCACCCUCUUUCAGCCUGGGAUGUGCGAUGCUGCAUGACACGGCACAAGCGUGCGGUAUUGAGGCCACGCUCGGCGCUGGGGGCAGGAGGAUGGGAAUUCAUUUGCGGUGCCGUGUCUCUUUUAAUCCAGGAGGCAGGUGAUGCUUCUCCCUGCUCCAGGAACGGGGUGAGUGAUGGGAGAUGCUGCAGGGGUGCACCCUGAGCGGGAAGGGAGGAUGGAGCUCGUGAUGCUUGAAAGGUAUCCAUGCAGUGAGAGGAAGGCGGUGUUUAGGGUGCCCUUGCGGGGGGGGAGAUGUUGGAGAACAGAGAAAUCAAUAAGACACCCAGGUAGAAUUCCUUGUGAGGAAGCCCCUAAUCAACACCCAGCCUUGGAGCUUGCAAAGCCAGGCUGCACAGCACUUGAUAGGAGCAGUGCUAGCUGUCAUGGGGAGGGGGGAUGCUGUGAUUUCCUCCAGCUCCUUCUCUCUGACACAGAAAUGCGAAUUGCCAUGCCUAAAAGAACUACAUUUCCCAUUUUCCCUUGCAGCCCAGGGGAAUAAGCAAUUGGAAGAUUUAAAUAGACCAGGCCAGAAGCAACCAACCUUUGGCACAACGCUUUUCCCUCCUCUUCUUCCAAUCUAUUGGCUGUUUAACCUUUUUCCCUGGCACUGGAGUGGCUGCCAGGCCUGGCAUUAAUUCUCCUUCCAAGCUUGCUAGGCCCGUGAAGUAAACAGCCAUGUGCAUUCCUUACUCUAUAUUUAACAGCUGCAGUCUGUGCUGGGGGCAACUGCAACAGAGGGGAACCUUUGCAGCCUCCCAAAUUCACGGCUUGUGAGGGUGGGAGUGGGGGAAGCUUCCUGCAGGGAGAAGAGGGAUUUCUCUCCUUCCCGGUGUUUGCAGAGCAGGUUGCGUUAAAGAGAGACUGCAAUGCCAGCAUCCCAGGCGCGGUCCAGGGCAAGAGACAGGAACAAUGUCCUCAACAGGGCUGAGUUCCUCUCCCUGAACCAGCCCUUGAAGGGGAACCAGGAGAACAGGGGCUCCGGCAGAAAGCAGAGCGGCCAGGCCGGAGGAGCUGGUACCCAGAGCAGCAACCCCAAGGAGCGGAGGCAGUCGCAGCAGCUGCCCGAAGAGGACUGCAUGCAGCUCAACCCCUCCUUCAAGGGAAUCGCCUUCAACUCCCUGCUGGCCAUCGAUAUCUGCAUCUCCAAGAGGCUGGGGGUGUGCGCCAACACAGCCUCCUCCUGGGGUGGUGCCCGCUCCAUGAUCAACCUCCUGGGGAUAACGGGGCACGGCAUCCCCUGGAUCGCGGGGACGCUCAUCUGCCUGGUGAAGAGCAGCACGCUGGCAGGCCAAGAGGUCCUCAUGAACCUGCUGCUAGCCCUGCUCCUGGACAUCAUGAUUGUGGCUGGUCUGCAGAAGCUGGCCAAGCGGAAGGGUCCGUACGACGUCACCCCUGGCUUGUUGGACUACCUGACCAUGGACACCUAUGCAUUCCCAGCCGGGCACGCCAGCCGGGUGGCCAUGCUCUCCAAGUUCUUCCUCAACCACCUGGUCUUGGCCAUCCCUCUCCGGAUCCUGCUGGUCCUCUGGGCCUUUUGUGUGGGCUUUUCCCGUGUCAUGAUUGGACGGCACCACAUCACAGAUGUCCUGUCUGGCUUUGUUUUCGGCUACUUACAGUUCAGGCUGGUGGAGUUGAUAUGGAUGUCUUCCAACACGUGUCAGAUGUUGAUAUCCAUCUGGUGAACACGGGGACUUGACGGCCUUUCCACUGGAAACAAGUAGAUACUUGAAGAGUCUCCCUCCCAGUGUUUUCUACAUGUUGUUUGUUGGAAGCAGUUGUAGCUUCCAUGAGUAGUGGUGUUUUUUAAUGUUGCUUCCCCACUUGAAAAGAGUUUCUUGCAAUGGAUUGGGUUUUAGCAAUCAAAGGCCGUACCUUUGGCCCUAUUCUGAAGCUGUGUUUGGACAGCAGCCUAAUUUAGCUUUACAGGUGAGAGAAACGAGCUACGUGGCUGCCUAUGGGUGGUUGACAUCAGCACCUUGAUGUGUCCUCAGGGGAGGCAGCGCCUGAGAGUUUCCUGAGAACACGUUCGUUCACUUUUUUGAUGCUAAACCAUUUUGGCCACAGUGCUUUUUCCUUUUGUAAGGCGAGGAGUGUGUCUUGUACAGAGUCAGGACACUGCUGGCACUUCACAGAUAAUAAAUAAUCAGAGAAAUCC